GUUUCCAUCUCGUUUCCAUUCACACUCUUGACCGACCUCUUAGACCGCAACACUCUUCACUUUUUGCAUUUCUUAUAAUGUCGUGCACCUACUCAUGUUCUGGCAUCUGUCUGUUGCUGUUGUUUUGAUUUUCCAGCCGCCGAUGCUUUGAAUUUCCACUCCGAACAAAAUCCCAGCCGACCCUGCUGAUCGCACACUGACAGCUUCGCCCACCUCGUCUACCACCAUACCUUGAUGUCUACAACCAUGACAACAACACUGGGCACCUCGAACUUACGAGGCGGUCCGUCUGCUCGUCGAGUCAACCCUGGCAGAACCUCCAAAAUCGUCGGGUCCUCACUCCGGCAGAACUCCCUCGUCUCCAACAGUGGCCUCCCACUACUAUCCUCCUCCGUCACAGCCACGAACAAUCAAACCCUGAAUAGCAAUGAUCCUCCCGGCAUGUAUCCUGCCAUCACACAUUUCACAGAUGCCAUUAGCGCUUUACCACGAGAGUUUCGCAGGCACCAGUCACUGCUCAAGGAGGUGGACGCGAAGGCGUGGGCGAACGAGGAGUCACUACAAAAUAUACUCGAACAAUGUCUGGCUGAUACGAGGGCGACAUCCUACGAGACAGCCCUCGCCGCGCAAAGUCUGGCCCCCUCAGUGACUGGUGAUGAUCCUGUCAACAGCAGCGAAGUCCAGAGUGUCGCAGGCGCCUCUGUGGACGCAGCCUCGCUUGCUUCUGCUCGCUCAACGGAUCCGGGUUCCCUUCAGCGCAGACACCUUCACCAUGCUUUGCGGCAAAAUUUAAUCGCGAUCAUGCAGACCAUGGAUGAAAAGAACCAUGUCAUCGCCAAUGCCAACGAAGAAGUGGCAAGGCACAUCCGGCGACUGGACAACAUCUGGCCACACAUUUCAGAAGAAAUCUCAGAAGAAGCAAGAUUGGGGAGUUUGAAGCAUUGGGCAUACACCGAGACAAAUUCAACCAAGAAGCCCACCGAGCCGGCACCACGAGGACGGCCAGGAGAGAGCGAGGUCGCGGCCAGAAGCCAGACCCGAAGAGACGAUGUGCAGGCUAAAAGACAACGAGCUGUUCACCAUGCUGAUUCAGAUUUGGACGAAUCACGACCACCAGCGCGGAAAACCCAUCCAAGUUCCAAGAAGCGUGUUGCCGAGCUGGGACCGGAGCCGCCUGGCCUGGGGAUAUCGAACAUUGGAGCGGGGAAGAGAAAGAAACCAGACAGAGGUGCGGGAGGUGCGGGCAUGGAGCGGUCGAUUAGUAGUGCCCUAGGCGGCCGUGCACCUGCAAUGUCCAGGGAAAACUCACAGCAGGACAAUUUGAAGAAGAGGAAGGCCUCGCAGCCAACGACGGUGGCCAGGAAGAGAAUCAAUGCCCAGAAUCACGAUUCCCCUAAGCUUGCCUCCUCACCACUUGCCGGGACAACUGGCAAAGAAGGAUAUAAGCGCAGUCCAGCACUUUCAGCUGUUCGACCCGCUGCGGCACGGGGAAGACAAAACUCGACGCAGAACAUCGAAACUACAAGAGGGCGGCAGUCGUCUAUUGCUUCUGCCAAGUACGGCAAUCACAGUGUGACUGCGAACACGCAGGAAUUGAACAGUGUUGCCGCCUUGACUGGCAAGACUGCAAAUGAAGUCAAGAGCACGAUGAAAGAGACAAAGACAGAUAAAGGAGACAGGUUACUUGAGGAUGAGCCAGCCAUCAAUGGCGCGAACGGCGAGCCAUCGUUACGUGGUGCGCUUCUGUUGGAAAGGCCGACCAGCAAGCAGGAAGGUCUCAGGCGCGAUGCCGAAGAGUUGUCGGCCAAACUCAUGGCGUCGCCUCGUCUCACACCUUUUUUGCUUACGAGCGAAGUCAAAAACGAGCGUGUGGGAAGAGGACGUGCCUCGAAGACCUCUACGCCCAUCGUGAGUACUUUUGCCGAGGCAGACGAGUCGGAUCGCGCGUCUGCGAAUGGGAACAGCAGGGCUGAUGGCUCUACUAAAUCGCGACGGCCUGCUCGUCCGAGGAUGAAGGACCAUGGCCUGCAUGACUCGCUCUCGCCCAAGGGUUUGCCGAUGAAGCGAUCGCACAAGAAGAAUGGCAGUCUGUCUGUUUUUGGCCCAUCCACGUCGGUGGUAACAAGUGCACCGAAUGCGCGGACAAAAGACGAAAACGACGCGCCAAGUUCUGCGACGCCGUCCGGUUCGGAUAGGCUUGGCGGAGGCGGGGGUCUCGAAAACGAGGAAGACGACGACGUCGAAAACGACCCAGACAUGGACGCAGAGAACGAUGGCGAGGACGAAGAGCGGUAUUGUUACUGUCAAGGCGUGAGCUAUGGGGAGAUGGUGGCGUGCGAUAAGCCCGAUUGCCCGCGGCAAUGGUUCCAUCUCGAAUGUAUUGGUCUCAAGAGCGUGCCCAAGAGCGCCAAGUGGUAUUGUGAUGAGUGCAAGGAAGCUUUGGCCAAAAAGGGCAAACCGACGACUGGCAACGGGAACGGGAAUGGAAACGGAAACGGAAAUGGGAAUGGGAAGUAAGUCACUGAUGACUCGACGCUGGAGUGCGGUCGUGGUAUUCGCACUGUGCGGUGCAGUGCAAUGCAUUGUUGAGCGUGUGAAGCUGUCACGGGCUCGUGGGGAGGACCCAAGGAUCAAGAAUCAAGGGUACAAUGAAAGUCUCAGGGUCCACACGACCGCAUACACAUUAUAUAUCUACGAAGACGAAUGUUUAGAGUAAUGGCCACGCCUUCGAAGGGUCUCGGGGUAUGGAAUUGCCCGGCUCACCCGGAAGCAGUGGGCGAGAAAGCACGGCAGGCGAGCUGACUUAGACUCACGCAGCUCUGCAUAGCAGGACUAUAGAUAUCGAAUAAUGAUCAGGC